GGCAUCUCCUGCCUCGCUCCUCGCCCACUCUGUCAGGGUCGGGGGAGGCGCGUGUCCGGCGGAGGGUAGCGGGGCGCCGGGCAGGGCCGGAGAGCCAUGAGCAGCCCGGACGCGGGAUACGCCAGUGACGACCAGAGCCAGCCCCGGAGCGCGCUGCCCGCGGUGAUGGCCGGGCUGGGCCCCUGUCCCUGGGCCGAGUCUCUGAGUCCCCUCGGGGACGUGAAGGCGAAGGGCGAGACGGCGGCGAGCAGCGGAGCGGCGGCCGGAGCCGCGGGCCGAGCCAAGGGCGAGUCCCGCAUCCGGCGACCGAUGAACGCCUUCAUGGUGUGGGCAAAGGACGAACGCAAGCGGCUAGCGCAGCAGAACCCGGACCUACACAAUGCCGAGCUGAGCAAGAUGCUGGGCAAGUCGUGGAAGGCACUGACGCUGGCGGAAAAGCGGCCGUUCGUGGAGGAGGCCGAGCGGCUGCGCGUGCAGCACAUGCAGGACCACCCCAACUACAAGUACCGGCCCCGGCGCCGCAAGCAGGUGAAGCGGCUGAAGCGGGUGGAGGGAGGCUUCCUGCACGGCCUCGCCGAGCCGCAGGCCGCAGCGCUGGGCCCCGAGACCGGCCGCGUGGCCAUGGACGGCCUGGGCCUGCCCUUCCCGGAGCAGGGCUUCCCCGCCGGCCCACCACUGCUACCCCCGCACAUGGGCGGCCACUACCGCGACUGCCAGGGCCUGGGCGCGCCCCCGCUCGACGGCUACCCGCUGCCCACGCCAGACACGUCCCCGCUGGACGGCGUAGAGCCCGACCCGGCCUUCUUCGCCGCCCCGCUGCCCGGGGACUGCCCGGGGGCCGGCACCUACAGCUACGCUCAGGUCUCGGACUACGCAGUGGCCGCGGAGCCGCCAGCCCCGGUGCAUCCCCGGCUGGGCCCCGAGUCGGCGGGCCCCGCCAUGCCGGGCCUCCUGGCGCCCCCCAGCGCCCUGCACAUGUACUACGGCGGCAUGGGCUCGCCCUCAGUGGGCGGCGGGCGCAGUUUCCAGAUGCAGCCUCCCCCGCAGCAACAGCAGCCGCAGCAGCACCCGCAUCCCCCGGGCCCGGGUCAGCCGUCCCCGCCUCCCGAGGCGCUGCCCUGCCGCGACGGCGCGGACCCAAGCCAGCCCGCCGAGCUCCUUGGGGAGGUGGACCGCACGGAAUUUGAACAGUAUCUCCAUUAUGUGUGCAAACCAGAUCUAGGGCUCCCCUACCAGGGACAUGACUCCAAUGUGAACCUCUCCGACAGCCACGGGGCUCUCUCGUCCGUGGUGUCGGACGCCAGCUCUGCAGUUUACUACUGCAACUACCCAGACGUCUGA